UGCGCGUCUCCCGGCUAAAGCUUUACGAUACAGUGUCCGUCAGUUUACGACAGGUCGGAGUUGCUUUGUGGCUGUCAACUUUCCCCGGGGUCUGAAUUGGUCGGUGUAUUAUCUGUGGUGGCCGCUGCUACGACGGCGCAGAAAUGAGGCAGAAGAGGAAAGGGGAUCUCAGUCCUGCUGAGCUGAUGAUGCUGACGAUAGGAGAUGUUAUAAAACAACUGAUUGAAGCCCAUGAACAGGGGAGAGACAUUGAUCUCAAUAAGGUGAAAACCAAAACAGCUGCCAAAUAUGGCCUUUCAGCACAGCCCCGCUUGGUGGAUAUCAUUGCUGCAGUCCCACCUCAGUACCGAAAGGUCUUGGUCCCCAAGUUAAAGGCAAAACCCAUCAGGACUGCCAGUGGGAUUGCUGUUGUGGCUGUGAUGUGCAAACCCCAUAGAUGUCCGCACAUCAAUUUUACAGGAAAUAUAUGUGUAUAUUGCCCUGGUGGACCUGAUUCAGAUUUUGAGUAUUCAACUCAGUCUUACACUGGAUAUGAGCCAACCUCCAUGAGAGCUAUCCGUGCUAGAUAUGACCCUUUUCUACAGACGAGACACCGAAUAGAACAGUUAAAACAACUGGGUCACAGUGUGGAUAAAGUAGAGUUCAUUGUGAUGGGUGGAACAUUUAUGGCCCUUCCAGAAGAAUACAGAGAUUAUUUUAUUCGAAAUUUACAUGAUGCCUUAUCAGGACAUACUUCCAACAAUAUUUACGAGGCAGUCAAGUAUUCUGAGAGAAGCCACACAAAGUGUAUUGGAAUUACUAUUGAAACCAGACCAGAUUAUUGCAUGAAGCGGCAUUUAAGUGACAUGUUGACCUAUGGCUGCACAAGGCUAGAGAUUGGCGUGCAGAGUGUCUAUGAAGAUGUGGCCAGAGAUACGAACAGGGGUCACACCGUCAAGGCAGUGUGUGAGUCAUUUCACCUUGCCAAAGAUUCUGGUUUCAAAGUCGUGGCUCAUAUGAUGCCUGAUCUGCCAAAUGUGGGACUUGAAAGAGACAUUGAACAGUUUACAGAGUUUUUUGAGAACCCUGCUUUUCGUCCAGAUGGUUUGAAACUUUACCCUACCCUGGUGAUUCGUGGAACAGGACUUUAUGAGCUGUGGAAAUCAGGGAGAUAUAAGAGUUAUUCUCCUAGUGACCUGAUAGAAUUGGUGGCUCGGAUCCUAGCCCUUGUGCCUCCAUGGACUCGAGUGUACCGAGUACAGAGGGAUAUUCCGAUGCCCUUAGUCAGCUCAGGAGUAGAGCAUGGUAAUUUGAGAGAGCUGGCAUUUGCAAGAAUGAAAGACCUUGGGAUACAGUGUCGAGAUGUGAGAACCAGAGAAGUUGGAAUCCAAGAAAUUCAUCACAGAGUACGACCAUACCAGGUUGAAUUAGUAAGAAGAGAUUAUGUUGCAAAUGGUGGCUGGGAGACAUUCUUGUCAUAUGAAGAUCCAGAUCAAGACAUUUUGAUUGGCCUCCUCCGAUUGCGCAAGUGUUCAGAGGAAACCUUCCGUUUCGAAUUGGGUGGAGGUGUUUCCAUAGUCCGAGAACUGCAUGUGUAUGGUAGUGUAGUUCCUGUGAACAGUCGGGAUCCUACUAAAUUUCAGCAUCAGGGAUUUGGCAUGCUGCUGAUGGAGGAAGGAGAAAGAAUAGCUAGAGAAGAACAUGGAUCUGGGAAAAUAGCUGUUAUUUCAGGGGUUGGCACCAGGAAUUACUACAGAAAGAUUGGCUACAGAUUACAAGGGCCAUAUAUGGUGAAAAUGCUAAGAUAA